CAAUCACGUGUCGGGGUGGGGAUGAGGUGGCAGUAAACACCGGAAGCCGGACGUGUUUAUAGUCAGACGCUAAGCUAACAAGCUAACAGGCUAGCUGACCCGACACAGCGCGAGUUGGAGCUUCCGCCGGUUCUCUCCGAGUCUGAGUCCGCAGAGUUCCUCAGGAUGAGUCUUCAGUGGACGGCGGUGGCCACCUUCCUCUACGUAGAGGUCUUCUUCGUUCUGCUGCUCUGUAUCCCCUUCAUCUCACCCAAGAGGUGGAAUAAGGUCUUCAAGUCUCGUAUCGUACAAACCAUCGCUCUGUAUGGAAACACGUCGUUCAUGGUGGCCAUCGCCAUCCUCAUCUUCCUGCUCAUCGAUGCAUUUCGUGAGGUCAGGAAGUACAGUGUGACGGAGAAGGUGGACCUGACCAACAACCCGACCGCCAUCGAACACAUUCACAUGAAACUGUUCAGAGCUCAGAGGAACGAGUACAUCGCCGGCUUCGCCCUGCUGCUCUGCCUGUUACUGCGUCGUCUGGCCACUCUUCUCUCCCAGCAGGCCUCUCUCAUGGCCUCCAACGAAGCCUUCAAGAAGCAGGCGGAGGGCGCCAGCACCGCCGCCAAGAAAUACAUGGAGGAGAACGAAGAGCUGCAAGAGAAACUGCGUGAUGCCGGCGUCGAGGUGCCGGAGGCCGGGAGGAAGGGAGCAGGACCACAGGAGGAGAACAAGAAUCUGAAAGAGGAGGUGAAGACUCUGAAGGAGGAGCUGGACAACAGCAAGAAAGCUCUGCAGAAGUCGGACAGUGACGUUCGAGCGAUGAAGAAACAGGCGGAGAAUCUGACGGUGGAGUACGACAGACUGCUGGAGGAGCACAGCAAGCUGCUGGCGACCAGUGACAAGAAGUCAGACUGAGAAGGAGAAACAGUUUCCAGCUUCUCUCAUCUUCAUCUUCAUCACCUUCGACGUCCUGCACAGCGUUGUGAUGUCACUUCCUCUCUGGCUGUGAUUGCUUCAAUAGACUGUUCAAGCUUUUUCAGAAGUUAAAAAAAACAAACUCUUCACUUUUUGUUUCUUUGUCACUGGUUUUUUAAUUUUUUUUUUUCAGUCGAACGGUUUCGUGCGUCACAAACGAUCAAUAACGGAUCGUUCCCUGUUUCCUUCAUUCCAAAAUAAAAGCUUUUAGAAAAGCAUUCGUCUGGUGUCUCAGACGAAUGUUUUUCACAUUCUGGGUUAAAAGUGUCUAAACAGAAACCAUCUUCAGGCUCGGCUCAGAAAUCUCCUGGUGAACGUCCGGUUGUGAAUUUAUCUUGAAUGUCUUGAAUGAAAACCUCUGAACUCGGACGAAGAACCUCGUCUCGUGCUAAAUGAAAGUUCGAUGCUCUGAAGACAAACGUGGGUCAAAGAGUCUGAUCAGUGUUUACUUUUCUUGUUGUGGGUUCAACAUCUGGGUUUUUCUUUGCUUUGCUCCGGCUCCGUCCACACCGAUGCGUUUUAGUUUUAAAACUCACCCCUGUCGCUAUGGUUACGCCUGCCGUCCACACGACUCCACAGUUUUCCAGCCUCUGAAUCAGAGACUUGUGUGAACUGGUCUCGUUUUGGUUUGAAAACUCCGGGGUGACGUGUGUUCGUGAGGACUGAGGAAGUUUUAAAAUUAAAACUUGUCAGUGUGGGCGGAGCUUUGUUCUGAUGAUGUUUGUUUCUCAGUUUUACAAUUUAAACUUUAAAACCUCGUUGGAUAAUGUUUGUUCUGUUUGUUUUGAAAGUUUGAUCACACGUAGAAAAACUUCUGCUCGGGCGAAAAUGAACGAUCACGUGAAAAGGUUCUUACCAGUGAAUCUGUCCAAACGUUUAAAGAUGGCCGACACGGGUCCGUCCCCUCUGUCAAUAAUCACAUUAAAACCAAACUCGUCAGAAACAUGAACAUUCAAACACUGAGGAGCCGUCACGUCGUCUUCACAGUCGCUGGUUUCAUGUGACCUGAUGAGGAAAAGUUUCAUCUGUAUCUGAAAGUUCAUGUGUCAUCGUCCUGUUUGAUAGAAAAUAAACUGUCGCUCAAUGGAUUC